AUGGAGUUUACUGCUGUGGGUGCUGGAGAGAAGAAAGUACAGAGUAGGGUAGAAGGUGGCAGAGAGGAGGGGAGGAGGCAAAGAAGUGGGGGGUUAGGGGGAUUGAAGAGAUUUGAGAGAGGCGGUGAUGAGUUUAGGAUAAUUGAUCAGAUGUAUGAGGAGCAGAUGGGAGAGAUGCAAGCGAAGGUGUUUGAAAAGUAUGAGAAAGGAAAAAAAAAUUGAACUAAAAUCAAUUUAUUAACCAAAAACUCACCUCAUUAUAAAAUCUCCAAUCACCGAAAAAAUUCACAUCCAAAGGUUCAAAAUCCAAUUCCAACCCCUCAGAAAACCUCCAAACUUCCCAAAGUUCGCUCCAAAAUGCAAAACAGUCAAAAUUCAAAAAUUAAUUACCUUUCCUCCCUAAAUCCUACUUUAUGCCGAGACUCCAGGAUUAAAGAUCUAGUCAAGGGUUUCACUUCUUUUUAUAAGUAUAAAUAAAGGAAGUUUGGUGAGACAUAAGGGGUUUACUGAAGUAAAACAGAGGGAGAAAAUGAGCCGUUCUUUGGAGGAAUGCAAAAGGUUUGGAAAGCGAUUUUGUAGAAAAGGUAGAACUUGAAUUAGAGGUGGAAGGAAAUGUAGGGAUGAAGGAGUUGAUGAAAAGAAAGAAUUUAGUGAAGUGAGGAAUCUAUUCCCGAAAAAUUCUCAGAUUCCAUCGAUAAAGUUAAAGAAUCCAGAAAGGAUGGAAUCAAUUAAAAAGUGCCACAAAACUAUCUUUCUGAAUAACAUUGCAACCCAGAGGUCAAAUCCAGAAACUAUUAGUAUUCACUGUCAGCUUGAAGAUAUUAAUGAUUCCUUGAUUUUCGAUGAGAUUACUGAGGACUCUGAAGACAUUAAAUUAACCUUGGGGUCAAAAUACUUUGCACAGCAGACAAACUUUAUCCCUUACGAAGGCUUGAAGCCAACGGAUUUAGCUUCAGUACGACAUAAGGGUAGCUUGAGUCCUAGAAAAGAACCAAGCUUAUAUAAGAAGUUUUGAAGCGACAUUAAUGGACCCUUAAGAUCCAAAAAUUCCCUCCCGACUCAAGAAAAUAAAAAUGGAGAUUUAAGUGCUUUGAUGAAUACCCAAACCACUAAAGUUAUAAACUCCUCUAAAUUCAUCACUAGAAAUCGGAUCUCUAACCUGGGCAAGAUGAGCUUGACACCCGAAGCUAAGUUGUUCAAGAGGAAUAGGGAGAACCGAAUGUCAGAAACCAAAACUCUCGGGUCUCCUAAGAGAAGCUUGAAUGAAAUUGAGCGUGCUGAUUUUCAGAGAAAUAAAAUAUUCUACAAACAUAAAAAUCAGGAAGCCAAGAGAAUACAAAAUUUGUGCAAACUAGUCGGAAGUGUUGAUCGGAAGUUCAGUAGUAGAAUUGAUCAGCAAAUCAAGUUUGAAAACCAAAGACAGGAUAAGUUAAAUGACACACUUGAUAUUAUCUCAAAACUUGAAGAAGCACCAGCCUUUCUUCUCAAGAAAUUUUAUGAGUACAGGGUUGAGAAUAUGCAACAGGAGAAAGAAUUUGCAGUUAAUGUCUGUAAGCAGUAUAAAUCAAGCCUUGCAGAUCCAAGUAGGCCAAUUUCUCUCAAAAAGCAUGGGCUAAAGCACACGAGCUAGCUUUUGACUUCUAUAUGAAGAUCUAU